AUGGGAGACUGGAACUUCCUCGGAGGCAUCUUGGAGGAGGUGCAUAUCCACUCCACCAUGGUCGGCAAGAUCUGGUUGACCAUCCUGUUCAUAUUCCGGAUGUUGGUGCUGGGCGUCGCAGCCGAGGACGUGUGGAACGAUGAGCAGUCAGACUUCAUCUGCAACACAGACCAGCCCGGCUGCCGCAACGUCUGCUACGACCAGGCCUUCCCCAUCUCCCUCAUCCGCUACUGGGUGCUGCAGGUGAUCUUUGUGUCCUCGCCCUCCCUGGUGUACAUGGGUCACGCUAUCUACCAGCUGCGAGCCCUGGAGAAGGAGCGCCACUGCAAGAAGGUGGCUCUCCGUCGGGAGCUAGAGGCGGUGGACGCCGAGCUGGUGGAGGUGCGGAAGAGGAUUGAAAAGGAGAUGAAGCAGCUGGAGCAGGGGAAGCUCAACAAAGCGCCACUGAGGGGCUCUCUGCUGUGUACCUAUGUGGUUCACAUCGUGACUCGCUCAGUGGUGGAGGUCAGCUUCAUGGUGUGUCAGUACAUCCUCUAUGGACACCGCCUGAACCCUCUCUACAAGUGUGAGAGGGAGCCGUGCCCAAAUGUGGUCGACUGCUUCGUCUCCAGGCCCACUGAGAAAACGGUUUUCAUGGUGUUCAUGCAAGUGAUUGCCUGCAUCUCCCUCUUUCUCAGCAUUCUUGAGAUCAUGCACCUGGGAUACAAGAAGAUUAAGAAAGGCAUCCUGGACUUCUACCCCCAUCUGAAGGCCGAUCUCGACGAUUAUUACGUCGACAAGUCACAAAAGAACUCCGUUGUGCAUCAGGUUUGCAUAGGCACAUCUGCUGGUCGCAAGACUACAAUUCCCACUGCACCAUGUGGAUACACAUUACUGUUGGAGAAGCAGGGCAACGGACCUACCUACCCUCUUCUUAAUGCCUCCUCUGCAUUUGUCCCAAUAAAAGGGGACCCUGGGGCAAAGCCAGACAGCCACAAGGACGGCAAGGAGCGGGUGGCGAGCCCCACAGAGCAAAACAGCAAUUCCAACAACACAAGCAGCGAGACACGUUCUCCUCCUGCAGACAAACGGGACGAGCCAGAGGAACAAUCUUCACCCCAUCAUGAGGACAUGGAGUGUCCCAGCUCGGAGUACCCCACCCUCCCUGUAGCAGACACCUCCUCCUGCACAACUCUGUCAGGCAUUGUGAGGAAGUCCCGGAGGGUCAGUCCACCGUGGAACUGCUCCACUCUGGUAGAGGGGAACGGCUCGGACAGUGGAGAUUCCUACCACAGGAACAACAGCGUGAAGCCACGUGGCAGCUGUGGCGGUCCCCGAGCAAGACGGCUCUCUAAAUCAGACAUUAAGAGACCGAUCAGGUCUCAGAGCCCGGACUCGGCAGGGGAGCUGAGCUCGGUAUCUCGACACAGCCGGGAGAGUAACAGCCCCGUCCCCUCCCCUCCAAACCGCAGAGUGUCACAGGUGAGCAGUUCAGGCAGCAGAAGAGCUCCAACUGAUCUGCAGAUAUAAACAACAGACUGUACGCCCAUGCCACGUUUGGGUGCAAGUGAACACUAACUUACUGCACUUUUCACACAUUUAAAGUUCUUUAAAAAACAAGCACAAAAGACAUCUGUUACCAAUUGCUAUAGAGAUUAUGUUCUUGAAACCUGUGGAAGAAAAAGGCCCAAUGAACUGGCUUGUUCAGAUGAGUUUUAUUCACUGGGCAGUGGAGACAGACGCUCACAAGAAGUUGUAGGACAGAAUAGUCCUACUAUUUUAUUGAAAUAUUUAAAAAAGGUCCUUUGAUUAGGUAAGGUGUGAAUUUUCGCUGGAGCCGACUUGGGCUCUGAACAAAAGGUCUCGCUGACCAAAGUGAAAGGCACAGUAGAAAUGUCAUACAGAACAGCAGGAGUUUGAUCAGUCAACAGGAAAGAGAAUAUUAGGAUAAAAUUAAACCCAAACUCUUAGGUAAUUUAUUCUCUUCUACAAACCAAAGAACUUUUUCCAGUCAUUUAAAUCUGCAAUCUAACACAUUCUUCUCAGAUUUUAACAGGUGGUGGUCAGACCACAAAGGACUGUUUUGUUUGUGUACAGUAACAAGUCUGUCACAGAGACUCAGAUAGACAUUUCAUGAUUUGAGUGUAUACAGCAGCUCUGUCUGAAUGAUUAGAGGGUAAUGGAAAACUGAACCACAAAUCUAUAAUGCAGUUUCAGGUCACAACAUGCGGUUACGCAACCGGAUACUUUUAAAUCCGUGACGCUGCCUGAAUUCAUUCAUCUCCCAUUUAACAACACGUCUGAGAGAUCUUCUGUAAGAACAUUUAACAUAAUUAUUCUAAAUGUCUGUCACAAUAAGAAAUGAGUGCUAAAUAUCUUAGUUGUUAUUGUGACCAAAAUGAUGUUAUGGUGUCAUUUAUCAUACUUUAAUUUCCCUUCAGGCACUUGAGCAGCCAACUCUGAAUUAUUGCUUAAAUGACAACUUUUUACUCAGUUAUGUAGUUGAUAUCAAUUAAAAUAUAUCUUUGAAAAAAUUAAAGGCCUAAUUCUAAAAAUGUUUGUGUAUGUAAGCAGAAGCCUUUGGUUGGGAACAGGAACAUUGUGAAUUUAGGAUAUCAAGUGAAUUACUGAUGCCAAAUGCUGAAAAAACAUUUAUUUACGACAAAGGAAAAGUUGCUUCUUGUUACAACAAAAAUAACAGUGAUUUUGUGAUUAUGCAAUAAACAUUUAAAUAUUCUU